CUCUUUCCCUUCUUCCAACGACUCUGGCUGUUUUCUAGAACGGCGUUGUUCCCACGCAUCCAGCUAGGAAGUCAAGGCUUGUAACACGGCCGAAGUUCCCUUUUUCAGGAACAGGUCGACUACUCGUUCCUGGGCGUGUUGCCACGACGACGAGGAAGUGCAAAGAUGCGAGAAGAUGGAACGGAGGACGGUGACGGUGACGCGGCUGCCAGUCCAGGGCGCGGCGGCUCCAUCCUUUCCGCUACAUCACCCAACGGGCGCAACCAGGUCAUCGGUCGUAGCAAAUUCAAAGUCGCUCCUCGCCAUGGCUCUGCUCACCAUGCGGUCACUCUCUUGCCUUCUACGUUCACUCGGGACUGGGAUGGCUUUGCCGGCGGGAGCAGCAGCAGCGCCCAAAACAGCCCUCACGCACCUGCUCCCUUCCGACGCGCACAGACUGAGCAUUUCGGCUCCCCAUCCUCCCCAUAUGACUCUUUUCCACCAUUCCAGAGAGCAGAGACCAGCAUCGAUUUGGAUCUGGCCACUGCGCUACGCCGACGCAUCAGCCGCCACGCGAGCUUACGGCGGAUGAGCAGUUUCGGAGGUGCCCCAAUCUUGAUUAGGCCGCCCGAAGCCUUGAAGCUGGCCAUCACAGAAGAGGGCGAUGAAGAAGAGCAUGUUGCAUCAAAUCUGCGGUGGCUGGUUUUGGGUCUCACCUGUAUGCUGCUAUUCGGAAACUACUAUGCAUACGACAAUCCGGCCGCGCUGAAUUGGCCAUUACAGAAGUACCUUGGGCACGAUUACGACACAUGGCAGUACGAAUUGAACCUGCUGUACUCGGUCUAUUCAUUCCCAAACAUGUUUCUGCCGUUUCUUGGGGGCCAGCUGGUUGACAAAUUCGACAUCAAAAAGAUACUUCUGGUCUUUUCGACAAUCGUUUGUCUUGGACAGACCCUCUUUGCUAUCGGGGUGUCGACGAAGAGCUUCCCAAUCAUGUUGACCGGUCGCGUCUUUUUCGGAAUAGGGGGCGAGAGCAUAGGUGUAGUGCAAGCUAGCAUCACCACGGCCUGGUUCCGCGGCAAGGAAUUAGCAUUUGCAUUAGGUCUCACGCUCUGUAUUGCACGAUUUGGCUCCGUCGUCAACGCCAACCUUUCUCCUCGGAUCGAGAAAAUCUGGACUUCAUCGGGGGCGGUUUGGGUCGGAGGGCUUACCUGCUACUUGUCCUUUGGCUGCGCCAUCAUCCUGGUCUAUAUAAUGGCGCAUCAUGCUCCAGACACUCCUGGGUCGCCCGGAUUGAGCACCAGCAGCCGGACUUCCUCAAAGGAAGACAUCCCUCCUUCGUCGGCUCGGAGAGGCAGCAUCCAGGAUUCCGCUACAACGCCCUUGCUUCCAAAAUCCUUAAACUGCGAUUCUCCAACGACAACGUCCAAGGAAGCUCCUGCUUGGCUUGAGGGAUUGGCGGAGAUUGCAAUGUUUCCCUGGACUUUCUGGCUCGUCUGCUUGAUAUGUGUGCUGUUGUAUGGGACGGUGGUACCCUUUAACAAUAUCGCUUCGGAUUUCUUGAUGUCGAAAUGGUUCCCGGGCGAUACACAGACCGCCGGCACAGUCAUGAGUAUACCGGACACCAUGUCCGCAGUCCUAGUCCCUAUCUGCGGUGUCUUAGUCGAUCGGUAUGGCGGCCGCGCCUCGCUCCUAGUAGUUUGCGCUCUCGUCAUUGCCGCCGUUCACGCCACCCUUGGCUUGACCCAACUGUAUCCAGUCUACCCGCUGGUGUUCCUUGGCCUCAGCUACUCCAUGUACGGCGUUGCCAUCUGGCCCUCCAUCGCGACGGUCAUUCAACACCGUGAGGACACCCUCCAUCAUGAAAAUCCGAACGAUCCACCCCCAAAGCUGCUCGGCACCGCCUACGGCCUCUCCACCAGCGCCCUCAACACCGCACUGACCGUCAUGCCCCUCAUUUCGGCACAAAUUCGUGUGUGGGGCGGGAGCUUCGUCCCCGUCGAAAUGUUCUUCGUUGCCCUCGCCCUGGGUGGUGCCGCAGCGUCAGCUGUGUUGUGGGUCGUGGAUGUCAAACACGGGUCGUUGCUCCAGAUGCCUGAGGCCCACCAGGAUGAAGAUUUCCACCAUCACCAUCGCAAACACCACGAUAGCGACGGUGAUGACACACCGCCACCGCAGUCCAUCCUCACAGACUCAAAUUACGGGGCCAUUGGACAGUCGGCGUCACCAAACUCCAGAACCUUCUCCCCAGGAUCACAGCACCGUGGCAAUGAUCUAUCGUCAUCACCAACGACAACAUCAACGACGAACGACGAUCCCACCGGAGCAGGCGUACAUCACCGCCGUCCCGUCGCCCGCUUCGCCAGCCAGCCCUUCAAACCCGGCAAAGCAUUUUGCGCCGCGCCCAGAAUCAAAACGAGAGCUAAUUUGGACGCUGUAAGGACUCCAUUUGGGGAUGCGGCAGGCGAGGCCGGUGAGGGCAGGGAGAGUGGGGACGGUAGCGUGAAUGCUACGUUUGAGGGCAUGGUCGCUAGUCCUAUGAAUGAGGACGGGCCGGGGUAGGGCGUACCCUGCAUGACAGCUUUCUUGCUAAUUUAUCGUGUACCUUCGGCUGCCUAUCGAGUAGGCAGACAUGCAGCCGAGUUGACAUUGUCCCUUACUGUCGCUUUCAUCUCCCCCUCCCAUCAUCCUCGUACUAUAAACAACUCUCGCUUCCUAAGCAUACUUUUUGGAAGAAACUCCGUAUCAGACGUGCAUCUACAACGUUCAUCUCUCCCGCUGUUCCCCCAACCAAGGCUUCAGGCAAAUCUGGAUGGGAAGAGCUUGACAUGCCUUGUACGUGGCUUCUCUAAGUGAUAGGACGUUCAUGGGCCCCUUCGGGAUAAUGACCAUCAAUAAUGAGCUUUGGGAUGCUGAUGCGAAAUCUUUUCAAGCUCCUAAGCAAGAAAAGCGAUACCUUGCGCCUGGGAG